CUCCCUUUUUGCCUAUAAAUAUAAAUCACUUUGCGUUCCUCCUGUCUCCAUUUUCUCCUUGCAGUUAGAAGUGAUGGAUUAGAAUUAGGCUGCAGCACAGAUUGGGAAAAUCUCCCAGCAUCCUCUUCCCGCAGAGGCAUCAGCUUCCAGCAUUGACUGUAGCUGCUGCCACUCUAAUUGACAUUUCUUUUGAAUUCGGCUAUGGAGAGUGCCUGUGAUGCCAGCUGCUGGCUUGUGAACUUCUAUCCGUUUAUUAUUCCUGCCUGAUAACUCAUUAAAGAAGCUUCAUGGAUAUUCAGAAAUAAUCAGUUUUCUCUUUAUGCUUUUCUUCUGCGAGUUGUUUUUUUUUUUUCUUUUUUUUGUGUGUGUGUGCGGUGAAAAAAGAACAGAGUGAGAGAAGCAGCACUUAUUUUUGCAUAAGGACUGUGCUUACAUACCUGAAGUUAGCUGAAUUAACCCUGGCAUCCAAGAUGGAUCUCAAGUGUGCUCUGGAAGAAUGUUCAAUGGCACUGAACUUAUUUCUGAACAAUAAAUUCUCUGAAGCGCUGGAACUACUUCGUCCAUGGUCUAAAGAUAGUAUGUACCAUGCCCUUGGGUACAGCACUAUUUUAGUUAUGCAAGCAGCUAUGACCUUUGAACAGCAGGAUAUACAAAUGGGAAUUUCUACAAUGAAAGAAGCUUUGCAAACCUGCCAAAGAUUCAGGAAAAGAAGCACAGUGGUGGAAUCCUUGUCUAAUCUGGUUUCUAAACAGUCAGUGGAUCAGUUGAGUGAAGAGGAAAUGCAUGCUGAAAUCUGUUAUGCUGAAUGCUUACUGCAGAAAGCAGCUCUCACCUUUGUACAGGAUGAAAAUAUGAUCAACUUUAUCAAAGGUGGCCUAAAAAUUAGAACAAGUUACCAAAUAUACAAAGAAUGUCAUCAGGUGCUACAGAUGACUCAGGGGAACAAAAGCAAAAUUGAAACUUAUUACCAAUUUGAAGGGGGAGUAAAACUUGGAAUCGGAGCAUUCAACUUGAUGCUGUCACUUUUACCAGGAAGGAUCAUCCGACUUUUAGAAUUUAUUGGAUUUUCUGGCAAUAGGGAGUUGGGCCUCUGUCAACUACGGGAAGGCGCAUCUGGCAGCAGUUUGAGGGCCAUUCUGUGUACUUUCACCCUGUUGGUUUAUCAUACUUACGUCUCCUUAAUCCUUGGUACGGGGGAAACCAACCUUCAGGAAGCAGAGAGUCUUCUUGAACCCUACCUCCAGAAAUUUCCAAAUGGUUCAAUUAUUCUAUUUUAUGCUGCCAGAAUAGAUAUACUGAAAGGAAAUUUUGAAAAGGCCCAGUUGAAGUUCCAAGAAUGCAUAGCAGCCCAGCAAGAGUGGAAGCAGAUUCAUCAUCUCUGUUACUGGGAGCUGAUGUGGUGCUACACUUUCCAGCAGAACUGGCUUCAGGCAUAUCGGUAUGCAGACCUGCUCAGCAAAGAGAGCAGGUGGUCUAAGGCAAUAUACGUAUUCCAGAAGGCAGCAAUUCUAUGUAUGCUUUCAGAGGAUGAUUUGAAAAGAACUGAUGAGGACAUCGUAUCUUUAUUCAGACAAGUGGAUGGUCUAAAACAGAGAAUUGCAGGAAAAUCUAUCCCAACUGAGAAAUUUGCAGUAAGGAAAGCUCGACGCUAUGGAAGUUCUCCACCAGUGAAGCUGAUAUUACCUGCCUUGGAAAUGAUGUAUGUCUGGAAUGGCUUUGCAAUUGUGGGCAAAAGAGCAGACCUCACUGAAAACUUACUGAUAACAAUUGAAAAAGAAGAAGCUGCUCUACAAAAUGAAACUGAUCACAACGAAUACUACAUGGAUGAUGUGUGCAUGUUGCAGUUACUGAAGGGCCUCUGCCUGAAACAUUUGGGAAGACUCCUGCAAGCUGAACUGUGUUUCAGUAAAGUAGUUCAAAGUGAGAAGCAAAUCAAAUAUGAUAGUUAUUUGGUGCCGUUCACCCUCUAUGAGUUGGGUCUUCUGUACAAACAACAGGAUGAGAGAGAAAAAGCAAUAAGAUACAUAGAAAUUGCAAAAAAAAACUACAAAGAAUACUCUAUGGAGUCCAGGUUGCACUUCAGGAUUCAUGCAGCACUUGACAGCUUGAAGGUGUCGCCUGCUUCAACACCUUGAAUGAAGAGGGAUGCUUUUCAUGCGUACAAUAGCCAACACAAUCUUUUUGCAAUCUUUUUUUAAUCAUGGAAAAGAAAAAACUUAAUUGUUGUUUUCUGUCAUCUCUGAUUUGAUGUAUGCCAUUCCUUUAGACUGUUUUUUUCUGUAUAGCGCAUAUACUAUAUCUACUUGAUACUUUAAAGAAGACCUUAUAUUUUGUUUGAUUAAAAUAAUUUAAUAUUUGACUUGAAUGGGGGAUAUUUAAAAAAAAAUGAUGGUGCAAUAAAGUUUAAUGCAAACACUUUAUUUUUUUAUAUGAAAACAGAUGCUGGUUAUGCAGUGGAACUAAUGAUAAUUUCUACAUUUUGUGAAGGUUUAAUUUUCUGCAGUAUACUUGAGACCUUUCUGCUUCUGGAACAAAAACGCAUUGUCUGCAGAUAAUCUUUACCUGCAUUUGGCAUAUCAUAUUCUGAAAGUUCUGUUCCAGUGGAAAAAAAUUAUCACCUUUGACUUAAUUUCAUUUUGGGAACAAAGUGAACCUGUCUGAAGUGCAAUAUUUUUACACUGUCAGAUAAAAUUAAGCAGAGCUACUGCUAUAAUCUCUUUGUAGAUAUUUUUCACUGAAAGUAAGUGGUUACAGGGGAUAUUUUUUGGUCAUACUGAAGCAGGGCUACAAGGAACAUUAAAAGAUCCUGUGUUCUGUGCUCUUGCUCUAAAGCAGAAUCAACAGUCUCAUGUCAUUCCUGACAGAUACUUGUUUAGCCUGUUUUAAAAAAAUUAACAAAAAACCCCAACAAACACAAAAGCAACAACAAAAAACUUGCACUGAGAGAGAUUUUGUAACUUACACAAGAUGUCUUUCCCAGUGAGAAAAGCCCGGGAAAUUUUUCCUGAUGUCUACCCCAAUUAAUUCUUGGCACAACUGAAACUGGUUGCUUCCCAUCUUUCCUGUCAUGGAUCUGGAGAAAGGAUCAUUGUUUUCCUAAUAACAGGAAUAACUCAUAACAAUGCAAGCUGCUUGUGCAUCAGAAAGCAAAUCUGCUUUCAAACUUGGAGAUAAGAAAAUGUGCACAUUCUAAUGACAGCUUUCUACUUUCUACCAAAAAUGUGUAGUAAAAUUGAGAUACAUUUAUAAGUGCAUAUAGUUUUCACAUUAGCAACAAUAUCAAUUUGAUUAACAGCAAUAUCAAAUUGAGUUUCCCAGUUCAUUAUAUAUGCAAAUUCUGCUAGCUGUCUAUUCUUAAAAAUAAGAAUAAACUUGAUUUUUAUUUAAGUAUAGACCAAAUAACCGUUAUUUCAGUAAUUAUUGCAAAACUUGUCCAUUUCCAUAUUUUAUUAAUGCCCGUGUAGUUACUUCUGCACAGUAAAUUAAUAGUAACUAUGCUCCUGUAUGUGAUUCUAUGCCCUUAACUCCCACCCAAGAAAAAACAGAACAAAAGAAAUAGGUGAAAAAUGUGUUUUCAGUAAAAGAGUAACUGAGCGUUUCUAAUUAAACAGUCAAUAUAAUGUAAAUGCUAUAGUUAGUUUUGUGAGGUGACUGAGAGUACAGCUUUCUUCUAUGACUUAUUUUAUAAAUGAGUCGUGUAAUUGCAUAUACAUCUGUAGUAGAGUGGCAUACUUAAGGGUGAAGUAAAUGUUUAAAAAUAUUAGCUAAAUACACAAAAUGGGUCUUUCAAAGUGGAAGCCUAAUCCAGAGUCUGUUGUCUUCACUUUUUUGGAUUUGUGCCUAUUGCAAAUGCAUAACUAAAUUAUUUUGUAAAACCAUACACAUGUAGUUUUGAAGCUUAGAUACCUGAGACACUGAAUCACUGAUAAAUUGCAGCAUGCUUAUUUUAAAAUAUAUUCUAUCGACUGUAGCUAAAGUACAAAGAUACUUGUCUUUUUGUCAACAGAGAUUAGCAUAUGCUACUGACUUCUCUAAUUACAUGCUCAUGUAUACAUAUGUGAUUAUAAGCUGUAGGCAGCAAAGAUAAAAUUCUGUAUGUUAUAUUUUCAGACAAUACUUUUAACACCCCUUUGGGUAUUUACAUCUUCAGUUUAGGAUUGUUUUGUUUUAAUCUGAUCAUUGGAUUGUAGCAAUCAAAUGGGACCAUCUCAUUUUCUUGUGAAAGGUGGUGAAAGCAAUUGCAGAUAAAAGUUUUAUAAUUUAUGUUUCAAAUAGUAAUCUACUCUCCAGAAGACUUAUUAAUAAAAAUGAGACUAUAGAUUCUCAGGAUGGAGCAUGAA